UUCUAGCAGCCAAAAAUAGGGCUGGCACAUCAGAAGUGUGCAAGUAACUUGUCUUAAGGCUCACUUCCAUUUCCCUCAGGCAAUGGGUGCGGGGUGAUGGCAGCCACCCAUUUCCACGGGCUGCUGCAGUGAUUUUUCUCCCCAUGGACGCUUCAAAUGCUGUGCAACUUCCUCUGAGCAAGUGUGAGCAGUUGCACUGAAACAGACACUUCCAACAAUGGAAAAUUUCACAAGAGGUACACCCACAAGAGAGCUAGAAGGAAGAAGAAUGCUCUAAAUACAUCUUUUGCCAGUGGAAAAAAAAAGAGGAGGAUGAACCAUUUGUAAUGUUAGGUACAAAGGAUUCUGGUGGCAUGAUCUCUAACUUUUGCCCUGCAUCUAAUACUGAAGAUCAUUCAACCAUGAUGAAACCAGCUGGAGGAAAUUCCUCUCUUGCAAGAUAUGAAGGCCAAUGACGGUAUGAAAGAUGUGGGGUUGCUUUGUCAUUUAUUUCUCCAUUUUCCAUAUGUUUCUCUGAUUGGUGCAGGGAAAGGCCCAUUCAUUAAUACAGCAAUUCAUGUGAACUGCAGGCAGCUGAAGGAAAAAAAGAAGGCAAGGAAAAAACCCAGCCAGCAAGGCAAUGCAAUGACUGAGCAGGACAGCCUUAAGGGAACUCUGGGAAUGCUGCUGAAAACAACAUGAGGAUGGUAGGUCUGGAUGGCUAAGCCUCCCCUAGCACCACACUUCGGGCAACAGUCUUGGGAGAAAGGGGUUCUAGAAGGGGAAAAGAAGAUCCUUUUGACAAAAGCACAGAGCAUUUCCGCAGAGCUGUCAGAGCACCAGCAGGUGAAGUGGGUGAGGAAGCUGACCCUAGGAAGUAUAGGAAUAUUUCCCUGGACAGAUGGAUCUUUCUAUAUAGGUCAAACCCUUGUUUUCUGCCAGCCUCUUUUCUCACUCCUAGGAUGACACCAGCUGCACCACACAGUACUGCUGGUUCCUCAUUCUUGAAAGGAAUCUUUUCCAGGUGCUAAAUCCAAUCAGAACAAUGUAGCUCAGGUGUUGACAGGAACUUAGAGCCAAUGUGUUGGAAGAACAAAAUGCACAGACAGCAUUCUUAUACUCUACACCACCAGCAGGCAGACGUCUUGGCUUGUCCGUACCACCAGGCUUCCCAGGGUAUCCCUCCCAGUUCAAGCAAGCUUCAUGUCUUACUAGGAGUGCCUGAAAAAGGCAGAGCACCACAAAUCUCCUCCAGUACUGUUGUUAUACUGAUGCUGGAAUCGGUGCCCAGGCAGAGCAGGCUCCUCAUGGCAGGGGCAGGAUGGCUCAAGACCUCCAAGGAGGAGACUGCUGCUUCGUAAAUCAAGUAUGUUGAUGAACUCAAAGACUUGCAGGAGUAAGUGUUCAGCAUUGCCGCUGCUCCUGAGUUUGAGGGUUAUUUUUUUAAGGCAACAUCUAGGUUAUGGACAUGAAGAUAUGGCAUUCCAGACUCUCAGCCAUCCGAACACAGCCAACAAUGAAUACUCAUUUCUCACCAGGGUGAGUGUUUUAACCACCUUGGAGCGGCGAUUCAACCUUCAGAGUGCUGAUGUGGGCGUCAUUGCCAGCAGCUUCGAGAUCGGCAACUUGGCCCUCAUCCUCUUCGUGAGCUACUUCGGAGCCCGAGGACAUCGGCCACGCUUGAUAGGAUGUGGAGGGAUUGUCAUGGCCUUGGGUGCCCUCCUCUCCGCGUUGCCUGAAUUUCUGACCCACCAGUAUGAAUAUGAAUCGGGAGAAAUACGCUGGGGGGCUGAAGGGAGGGAUGUGUGUGCUGCCAACGGGUCCACCAGUGAUGAGGGACCAGACCCGGACCUUAUCUGCAGGAAUAGGACUGCUACCAACAUGAUGUACUUGCUGCUUAUUGGAGCACAGGUCCUCCUGGGCAUUGGUGCUACCCCUGUCCAGCCCCUGGGAGUUUCCUACAUUGAUGACCAUGUGAGGCGGAAAGAUUCCUCCCUGUACAUAGGGAUCCUGUUUACGAUGCUGGUAUUUGGACCAGCCUGUGGAUUUAUCUUGGGCUCCUUCUGUACCAAAAUCUAUGUGGAUGCUGUCUUCAUUGACACAAGUAAGCUGGACAUAACCCCAGACGACCCUCGGUGGAUCGGAGCAUGGUGGGGAGGCUUCCUGCUGUGUGGUGCCUUACUCUUCUUCUCAUCCCUGCCCAUGUUCGGGUUCCCGCAGUCCUUGCCCCCACGGCCGGAGCACGCCGGGGAGAGCGAGCAGGCCAUGCUUCCCGAGAGGGAAUACGAGAGACCCAAGCCAAGCAAUGGGGUCCUGCGGCACCCGCUGGAUGGGGAGAGCAGCACAACCUGCUUCCAGCAGCUGCGAGUGAUCCCCAAAGUAACUAAGCACUUGCUCUCCAAUCCUGUCUUCACCUGCAUCAUCCUGGCAGCCUGCAUGGAGAUCGCGGUGGUAGCUGGCUUCGCCGCCUUCCUGGGAAAGUACCUGGAGCAGCAGUUCAACCUCACCACCUCAUCUGCCAACCAGCUUCUGGGGAUGACAGCAAUCCCGUGUGCCUGUCUGGGCAUAUUCCUGGGUGGCCUCUUGGUGAAGAAGCUCAGCCUGUCUGCUCUGGGAGCCAUCAGGAUGGCCAUGCUGGUGAACCUGGUGUCCACAGCUUGCUACGUGUCUUUCCUGUUCCUGGGGUGCGACACAGGACCUGUGGCAGGGGUUACUGUUCCCUAUGGAAACAACUCAACUCCAACCUCAUCUCUGGACCCGUAUUCCCCCUGCAAUAACAACUGUGAAUGCCAAACUGAUUCCUUCACUCCAGUGUGUGGGGCAGACGGGGUCACAUACUUAUCUGCCUGCUUUGCUGGCUGCAGCAGCACGAACCUCAGUGGCUGUUCCUGCCUCACCUCGGUCCCUGCUGAAAAUGCCACCGUUGUUCCUGGCAAAUGCCCCAGUCCUGGCUGCGAAGAGGCCUUCCUGACAUUCCUCUGUGUGAUGUGUGUGUGCAGCAUGAUCGGGGCCAUGGCGCAGACACCGUCAGUCAUCAUACUCAUCAGAACUGUGAGCCCCGAACUCAAGUCUUACGCUUUGGGGGUGCUUUUCCUGCUUCUCCGUUUGCUAGGUUUUAUCCCACCUCCGCUCAUCUUUGGGGCUGGAAUUGACUCCACGUGUCUGUUUUGGAGCACGUUCUGUGGCGAGCAAGGAGCCUGCGCGCUGUACGACAACGUGGUCUAUAGAUACCUGUAUGUUAGUAUUGCUAUAGCCCUGAAGUCUUUUGCAUUCAUCUUAUAUACCACCACCUGGCAGUGCUUGAGGAAAAACUAUAAAAGAUACAUCAAGAACCAUGAAGGUGGGCUCAGCACUAGCGAGUUCUUUGCCUCUACUCUCACCCUAGACAAUCUGGGGCGGGACUCAGUGCCCCAAAAACAAUCACAUAGGACAAAAUUUAUCUAUAACCUUGAAGACCAUGAGUGGUGUGAAAAUAUGGAGUCUGUUUUAUAGUGACUGUGGAGGGGUGAACUAUAUUAAUAAUACAAGGGUCCUUUUUAAUAAAACCAAGAGGAGAGCACGAAUGAAGAAACAACUGCAAAACAACGGCAACACAGGAAACUUUUGUCUUUUUCUCAAAGUCAGACCCAGCCAGGAUUCUUGUGAACAGCAUCUUUUAAUGGGAUCACUUGUGACAUCCUGCGGGGUGAUAGAGAAAGCAGGGAGCUGCUGUGGCUGGAUACCAGCCCCUUUGAUGACAGUACAAGCUUCCAAGAAGAGCACCUGAGGAGGUUCAUUGGAAAGCUCAGCGAAUGGACAGGCUUGGGCACGAGGCAUAGAGAAAGCAAGGUGGCAAUGCGAGAAUAGGUGUUGUGGUUGCAAGUGUGGUCCCAGGGUAUGUGAAGCCCCCCAGUGUGGGCUGAAGGGUUGGCUGGUCUGAGCUCUGUGAUGGCAGAGGGAGCAGUGCUGGAGCCAUUCCACGAGUCACACUCUGUCACCAGCCACGAGUCCACGAUAAAUACCUUGAAAGCUGCUGGAAUCCUUCCCGGUGCCGAGCAGUGCUGUCAGAGGUAUCCGAGUCCUUCCAGGCGAGGCUUAUUCACAGAUUGCAGCUUUGUGGUUGUCUGUGAAUAGCUCUGCUUACAUCUCUCAAACCCAGUAAAGUUCAAGACGUUUGCUCACACUUGCCAAACGUGCUGUCAUUUUUAAAGGGGGUGAAUUCCAAAUACUCGGCUGUGCAGUCCUCUAAUAAGAUGGGGUUUUAAAAAGUUAUUUUGCAAUCUAUGUUAACCCUUAAAUCGCUGACACUUUUCCAUAGGGAGGAUUUAUUUAUGCUACUUUGGGGAAGGAUCCUGUUUUAAUUCACCCAAACAUGAUGUGACUCAAGGGAUUUGUUUAACCCUCUGCGUUUUUUAUCCAUACGCCUUCAUUCUAAUAUGCUACCAAGCCAAUGAAGACACAUAAUAUGUUUUUAAAAACGAGAACAAAUACACUGUGUCUCUAUAAAAACAAUUGUCAGUUGGAGAAUUAUAGAUAAUAUGAUGAUUUACGUAAUAUAGGUUUUUUUCAUGUUCUAUGUGACUCAGUGAAUACACAUAUAUAUGUGGAGAGGCUGUUUAUAUUCUCUCCAGUUUUUAAAGAUAUAUAUAUAUGAUUUGCAAUCUAGAAAUUGUGUGGUGGAUGUUUUCUUUAAAGUGAGUGUGUGUGUGUGUGUGUGUGUGUGUGUGUGUGUGUGUGUGUGUACAAGAUGAAAGGAAUCCCAACCUUAAUCCUGCAACCCUCACAACUGAUUUUUUCACCUAAAAAAUUCCACUGACUUCAGUGGAAGCCACGUGAAGAAGGUGGAAUAAUCUCCCCUCCUGGAGGCCACAUUUUGCCAUUAGCUGUUCACAUAGGGUUCCUAUGGAAGGCGGGGUUAUGGGAGCGGAGGCUGGCCAGCAUUGCGCACCUCUGAAAUUCUCAUUGAGAUUCUUAAGAGGCACCCAUGCAGGAGGAGAUUUGGCUUUGCUUUUGCAAUGCAGUCUCACAUAAGCCUGCAAAAAUCAAGGGGAGGCUUUUAUCUGAUCUCAAGAAGCAUGCGGUCAGGCUUAUUUUGCAUGCGUAUUUUAUUUUUCCAAAACAUUCCUGCUGGGAAGCAAUACAAAUUCAUUGCGUUUGAUGAGUUUUCCCUAGGAACCAGACUCAUUUCCAAUGGACUAAAUGUCAGAAGGGUUUUAAGGGUUAGCAUCAUCACCAAAAAGCUCCUUUUUUGUUUGUAUUUUAAAGCUGUUUUGAACCUACAGAUGUUUGGAGCAGUAGCCUGGCAUGGUGAACCGAAUGCUGGGCAUCACUUCCAUGCAUCUGGUGGAGGGGCUGAUCUUCCCUAGGUUCUUGUCCAUUGCUGGCAGUGGACAUCCCAGAGUUGGCACAAUUACAGAGGGUUGAUAACUUCCUGCUCAUGUUCAACACCUUUUUAGCAGACUUAGCUCUUACCUAGGCAUUGAAACACAGGUGUGGGCUAUCAAACUGCUUCCACUUGACUGACUUUACGUGUAUGUUUUUAGUUUAUGCACAGCAUUGUAUGUUCAGCAACAACAAGAGCAAAAAAAAGGGGUGCAUCAAAUAAACUCCACUGUGCCAAAUACUUGACAAAUAUUGUAACUGCAGAUAUUUGAGUCUUGGUCUUCAGCCAUGUUAAGAAUCACUUGAUUAAUGAAGGAGUUUAAGUCAAGUUAUUAAGCUAUGCAGUGCCAUUGUUAUGUUGGGUGGUAAAUGAUGCUUUUUAGGCCAUUAGAUUAGUUUAGUAUAUCCUGUCUGCUAAAAUAGAGAUACUUCAUCCAUAAAACAAUGAAUUUACAAAAGGCACAGGGUGCAUAACUGUCUCAUAAAAUAUAUAUAAUUGUCAAGUAUAAGCCUUUGAAAUUGUUAUGUACAGUUCUUUUUGUUCUGGAAAUUUAUUACUCAGACUGCUGUCUUUUCAAAUGUUAGCUCAUAAUUUUGUACUAUACACACACAUUCAGACUCAAACACAAAUGUCAGAGAACAGAGCCUUUCUAAAAGCCUGAUUGCUUGAAAUUCUAUAACCCCUUUCACAGUUUCAGGGUUUUUUUCCCCUCUGAAAGUCCAAGGUGAAGGAGAACAGCACGAUGACAUGAUGCAAAACAAACUCCCAGUGCUCAAGAGCUGUGAUUUGUCAGUAUAGUCAAAAGUCCUCCUUGACUGGAGUUAUAGAAAUAGGAUUCCAGGGCACAUAAUGUUUUCAUUUUUAUUGAUGUUUAUUUUUUUUCAUUUAAUCUUUUCUCUUAGCACACAUGGGAGAUGCAGUUGAAUGGGGUUACUGAUACUAUUUUUACGCUGCAACUUAAAAUUCCUGCGUGAUUUUUGUUUUAUUUCUUUUGAUAAUGCAACUCUUGAAGAGCUCUCUCUCCAUCCCACUCUUUGUUUUUUUUCUUUAAGGACAUAUCAGAUGCCUGCAUUAUGAAGGGCUUUACUGUCAGUGCUUUGGUACAGAUUCAAGAACACAGCUUUAGUUUAAAGAAAACAGACAGACCAAAACCUUCAUCCAUCCAUCCCAGCAGGCUGCUUGCUUUUUCCUGAUUUCAAGCCCACAAGCCAUUGUCUGCAACACAGUUUUUGUUAUAGAAUAACAAAAGUAAAUCCUCAGACCCAAUUUUGUUAUAGAAUAAGUCUCAGACAUCCUCCAGCUUCCCAAAUUGCAGAAUGGGCCUUUUGCCUGUCAGCACUUCGCUUCCAUCCCGCAGCUGCCUUAACCUUAACUUAAGGUCAAGGAUGGAGUUAGAAAAAUGCCCAUUCCUGGGAACAGAAACAAGGGCAUGAUCUGAGCUGUGCAGUCCACAUCCAGUGUUGGGAAUUUUUUUCUUCUCCCUAUUCAGGGGCAUUGAAAUUCAGAGUUUUGUUGAGAGCUCAGUCUGUGCUGAAAUGUUAUUUUGACAUUUCCAAGCUCUGUGUUCCCUGCAUGGCUGUCUGCUAGGGAAUGGCAUAGUUGACAAAAUAAACUACUUGACAUUUAGCAGUCUCUAUGGGAUUGUCCAGUUGCCUUGCAUGACUUCAGGUUGGGGUUUUCUUUGCCUUGCACAAAUACCACCUUGGCGUAGCCCCAGUGGAAUCAAAAGGGGACCCCAAUCUAAAACUGGUGCAGAUGACAUUAGAAUCAGUUUCUUUGCAUCCUUGUUAACAAAGAGAUGCAUUUUCAGAACCUUCUUUUUAUAUACACUGAAAUCAUACCUUUUUCUGACUUUGCCCAAAACAUCUUGGAUGUAUAGUGGGACAAAAAAGGCCAUUGCUUGAAUUAUCUAGACAAAACUUCCAUUCCUUAAGAAUUCAUCUAAUAAGGGCCUCACACUGCCAUACCCCUGCAAGAGGCACUGAACUACUCAGUGCUGUUACUGUUAAUCUCAGUUGUUCCUCAAGUUGCUAGGAAGGUGAAAAGGGAAAAAUAGAGUGAGGGAUUAGCUUCAAUUAGCUGAGCUAAUUAUGCUUCAGAAUUGAACUGAUGGUGAGCAGGCAUUUGGAAAGUGAUUGGAGUAUUUCCAAAUGGCUGAAAUGUGUUGGCUUUUUUUUUUUUUCCUUGGAAAUAAAAAUUAAGGGAGUUGACGAAAUUUGUAUUCCCUCCUAUCUCCAUCGGAGUUUUAUGUUCAUCACAUUGCUGUUGGAGGUGAUGUACUUCAGGUUUACCUUUGUGUCUCAGUCAGGCACAUAUUUUUCCAGUAAAUGAGGUCCUGGGGGACAGAAAAGCAACUCCAUCUCAUAACCAGCAGUUUCACUCCACAGCACACCCAAGACAACCUGGAGGCUACCAGCACUAUGAAGCUUUAGCCCCCACGCCUGCCCUGGCUGUUGCUGCCACAUGACUGUUUCUCACAGCUGGAUGUGUUGGGAUCAGUAUUUUCUUAGACAUGGACGAUGCUGGUGUGAUGUUUGUUUUAUUCUUGGCAGGUGACAUGAGGAAUUGUCAGUACUAAAGACAUACGAAAAUGCUUCACUGGACUGACAAGGUAGCAGCUUUGUUCCUUCAUUCACAAGGGUUUCCAGACUUAUUCCCACUCUGCCAUGCUCAUCUAUCUCCCUAAUUUCACAUGAACUGUCUUUGCAGACAGAAGCAUGUUUGUUGGUGUUCUCUCCGUAGAUCUGAUUAAUGCCUGCAGAGGCUUUCUGUGCAGGGCAGAGCACCCCAAAAUAUAAGCAAUAACACUAACCUGUUGCCAUUUGCAUUAGGAGUUUUUGCUUUUUUUACCUACAUCCGUGUUCACCUGCUCCCAUGCUGCUGCCGUGACUCUUUUUUGUGGGCAGCAGUACCAGGAGACAGGCAGCCCCGAGAGAACUGGUGUGAACACAGAGAGUGGUUUAAGAUGGGCAAUCGUGUGACGGGAGCCUUUGGUAUGAGACAGUCUCAGCUUCUGUUAUCUGGUGGUUGAGGUUGAUCCAAGGAGGAAAGGGGAAACCAGGACAUUGUAGCUGAGACCCUGAAGGGAUCAGCCACCCUUCCAUCCUCCUGGAUAGACCUACCUGCCCUACCUCCCUCAGACCCACGGUUUGUGGGCGUUACUUCCACACUGACCAUCAGCUUCCUUUCUCCAGAUACAGUUCUUCCCCCCAGUGGCAAAGCACAGCUCAGCUCUACCAAGUCAACACAAGGUGUUCAGAGUUACUGGCAUUUAAAUUUGCUGCUGAAGGGGUGCCAGCAGGUCUCCCUUAGCAUUACAUAUGCUCAAAAUAUUAUAGUUUGUUCUGCUUUUAGACACUGAGUCUAUUACUUCUAGGCUGCAAAUGAUGCUUUCUAUCGUUCCAUUGACAUUUCUAGCCAAUCUGAGUCUUAAUACAAUUGCUUUGCUGAAAAAUGGCCUUUCAGCAGUUGUUAGACAUUAGGUACUUCUUUAUUAACUAGUGAUGGCAAGUAAAAUCUUUGGCCAUUGUGGGCUUCCUGAAUCCAGUGGAGCAGAAGGAGGCUCUGUCUACUCAGAAGCAAUACUGGUGUUUUCUUUGACAGAAUAUGAAUAUGGACUGCUUUUCUGUCAGCUUCUGUCUUGCCACAGCUGCUUGGCUAUGAGCAUCCCUCAGUCCCAAAAGGACACGGUGAAUUCAGAAGAAGCCACAUGGACAGUUGAAUCCAUUUAGAUGGCUGCAAGAAUGGGACUGUAGGAUGCGUGCCGUGUAUGUGCCGUUUCACUUGUCAGAACCUUGCUUCAGUCUCUAUUUGUUUGAUGAAUGGCAUGACUCCAGGGAUGGGGUCUUCAGGGUACUAGGAAUUUGUAAAAUAUCCCCCACUUUAUUCAGAUUAAGUGCAGCAAAGCCGACUGUCGCACCCUGGGAAGGAAAACAUUAGCCAUACCCUGACACUUUGUAGUGCUGGGCUUGUUCUGCAUGAAGUUGGUGUCUGCAGAUGGCAGAAAGCAAUCAGAAACUUGUCAAGUCCAACUCAGCAAAUAAUUUACAGCGACUUCAUAAGUGAAUUUUCCUUCUUAUUUCUUCCUUGCGAAUGGCUGAGAAAACCAAGGAAAUGCCUCCAGUGGAUUUGCAAGGUCAUUCUUGCGCAUCGUCUGUGGUCUGGAAGAGUUUGGAAAAGCUUCCUUAUAAUUCACACACCUUGGUUUGUUCUGGCUGGACAUUGAUAUCAUGGGGGAUAUUUCUGCUCCCCAAAUUCCUUAGGCUGGAAUUUUCUCAUCUGUACAAAUAUUUACUUCAAAACUGUGGUUAAGAAAUGAAUAAGAGGGUCCUUGCUCAAUGCCAGUGGGCGUAGCACCACUGGACGUACAGUGCUCCAGGACAGCCAAAGUGCUGGCUUCCAACUCGCAAUCCUCUUUCCACAAAUAUCCUCUCAUAGAUGCUUGAAAUUCGAUGCUUCUCCCAAUGUUCGCACCAGUUAAUGCAUUCAUUUGAGUAAUUACUGAGAGCAAACACGAGAAGGGGAUGAACCCAGACAAAACCAAAUUGGUACUAAGGUGAAGCAGGUGGUGCGAAUUUUAUUUGCAGUGUUUGCACAGCUCUUAGAUUGGAAGCAGAAACCUCUCGGGAAUCAGAGUUGCAUAUGGCCUAACAGAUCUUAGUUCUUCCCAUUGAAUUACCAGUUGAUAGGACAUCAGAAGGCGUCUUCCCUGCCACGUAUUUUAGCCCUUCAAAGCCCUUUCCUUUUGCAGUCUAGCAUCGCACAGAUGUGCAUUUGGCCCUCUGUGUAAACUGCAUCUCAGUGCGAUGUUUUUGGUGCCUCACAACUCUUAACUGUGUGAACUUGAAAGGAAGAAGUGACCCCAGUUCUUCACCCGCGAUGCUUUCUGCCUAAUGGGAGGAUGAGAAUCUCUCUUGAAGGCUCACAGCUAUUUUCCUAAGGUCUUACAUGCACUGGGACCAAACCUGUGCUCUGUUGAUUGUAGGUGGCCUAUAAGCUGUGCUCAGAGGUCUGUAGCUUCUCUACAGCCCCCCAUUGCCUUCAACUUGUUUUCAGUGCAAAGCAUGGUAAUGAGGCUACACAUAUCUGUCCCUGACAAAUGCAAAGGGUUGCCAGUGGUCUGUGACCACCAAAGUUCAUGAGUCUCCAUGCUAGCACAUGAAAGCAGCUCCCAAUAUCUGCUUUUGGGAAGGAGUCAGAGAAGGGUUCAGUGGAAAACAGCAGCGCUGGGAGCUCUUGGUUCACUUUGGUACCAUGUCCAUAGGGAGAAGGGAUGGGAAUGGGAGCUGGGGAAGAGCUGUGACCUUUUAAAACCCAUAGUGCCUACCACUGCAAUGGAACGCUGUAUUGUAUUAUAUUAUACGUGACUACCAUGUAAAUAAAGUACAAUAAACGUGUUCAUUAGGAUUUUGAUACAAGUUAAAUGCAGUCUGCAGAAACUGUUUUUCCCUGCUGUAUGUACUUAUAUCACAUUCCAGGCAUGGGGACAUUUGGGGUCGUGUGAACUAGAAAUGCAUAAAUGGCAUUAGAAGGGAAAUGUUUGCAGUAAGACUGUUGUGAAAUUCCUUUUGCCCUGUGUACAUGAGACACAAAAACUAUAUGAAAACCAGCCAGAGUGGAGGGAGUGGGGGCAGCUCUUGGCUUGAAGUGGUUUGUGAGAAGAAGCAACAGUGCUGCCUAGCCAGUCCUUGGCCUUGCUUCCUUCAUGAUGGAGGGAAAGCAAAGUUCUGGUUUGGCUGAUUCUUCUUUGCUUGUUUUUAUGGUGCAGAGGUGGAUCAGCAGUAUAUGUCUUGCCUGUGUAACCUGGUUAUUCUCACCCUUGAAAUCCCUUAGCAGCAGCUACAGCUGAGCAAGCUUGAGAGCUCAGAAUUCAAAGCAGAUUGUGAAAGAGGUUCUGUUCUUAACUCAGUCAGCUGCCUCCUCUGUGCUCUGGCAAACUUGGAGGGGCUGGGUUUUUUUGGCUAAUAAGAGUAUUGGGAACUUACUUUGUUCCUCAAGUCAUUCCCUCCUCUAUGCUAAUAAUCUGUAAAAACAGAACUAACACAUUUCAAAGAGGCAGGUAUGCCACGUGCCCUCCAAAUUCUGAUGCAACUCUUUAACUGGGUUGUUGUAAGAGUUUCUCCAGGCUUCAGCAGCUCAGGACUGCUCUGGCCAGUGUUUGAAGCAGGUUUGUGGUUGUAAUCUUCCAUCAGUGUGUGGAGGGUGCUUCCAUACUGAUUGUCUUGUUGGAGGAAGAAGACCACCCCAUGCAGUUUGUCACUCCUAUGUCUCAAAACUCCCCCACAGAACUCUGUGUAGGGCCCACAAUAUUGGAAGAGUAUCUACCUGCCUCUGUAGCAGACCAGCCAGUGAUAUUUGUCCCAUGUACCAUUGCUGUUCUUCAUAGCCGCCUGAGCAGGGCAGCAUUUGUGGGUGGUUGUAUGUGCAGAAGGUUCUUCUUGCAUAGAACAUCCCCACGGAUGGUCUGUAGCAGUGUGUAUGGGACCUGGAUGAGCCCACAUGCUUCUGCCUGUGCCUUGGGCUGUGGGUUCAUCUUUUCCUACAGUGCCCAAGCAAAAGUGGUCCUAGGGAAGGUAUUUGAAGUGUGCUGGUUUGACUGCUGGUCAUUUUGCAAAUGUUUGGCAGUGCUUCCAAAAUAAACCAAAAUCUGGUUUGGAAAAGGAAAAGUUUCACUGUACAAUUGAUAUAAAAAAAAAAGGAAAGAAAAAAAAAAGGAAAGAAAGAGAAGCCACAUGCUCGAUAUAUUUUGAGUACUGUGUUCUGUAUUUUUGCAGCUUAUAUUUUCCAGAUGAGCAGUUUAGAAAUAUGUGAUGUGAAAUACAUACUGUAAGUUUGACUGUAAAUGAUAUUAAAAGCACUAUUUUCAUUCUU